CUCACAACACUAUGGAAAUGGAAGGCCUUAGACCAAUUCGAGUAUCAAAGGAAGAUAGCGAGGACGGCCAACCCUUGAGUCCAAUUGCUCGCAUGUUUCAUCAACCUCGCUCCAACGUCUACAUCAUUAUCAUUAUGGGGUUUAAGACCCCAAUCAACCCUCUUGCUUUUAAAGCCAGCUUGCGCCAUUCUUUACUUAAGCAUCCUCGUUUCUCUAGUUUGCAGGUUGUCGAAAAUGAUGGGGAGAUGAGAUGGGUCAGAACAGAGGUAAACUUGGAUAACCAUGUAAAGGUUCCAGUGCUUGAUCCAAACAUGGAGUUUCCUGACAAGUUUGUGGAAGAUUAUGCUUCCAAUCUCAGUAAAACCACAAUUAGUAUGUCCAUGCCUUUGUGGGAUGUUUAUCUUCUCAACGUUAAAACCUCUGAAGCUGAAUCUACUGGCAUUAUUCGCAUCCACCAUUCCCUUGGCGAUGGCAUCUCCCUCAUGUCUCUUUUACUUUCUUGCACCCGCAAAGCAUCUGAUCCUGAGGCACUUCCAACCAUCCCAAGUGUAAGGAGAAGGAAUCCUAGUAACUAUGGUGGUUUAACGUAUUGGCAAAUUUUGCUCAAGCUAUGGUGUUGGGUGCUGCUGUGUUGGAAUACCACUGUUGAUUCACUGAUAUCUCUGGGGACAUUUUUCUUCUUGGAAGACACUAAAACACCUCUUAAAGGUACAUUGCCGCUCGGACCAACUCCUAGAAGGUUUGUUCAUAGAACAAUCAGUUUGGAUGAUGUGAAGCUUGUGAAGAAUGCCAUGGGCACAACAAUCAAUGAUGUGAUAGUAGCAAUCACACAAGCAGGUUUGUCUUCCUAUCUCAAUAGGAAGUAUGGUAAGUAUGGUGAUGAUGAGAAAGAUAAUCAAGGAGGAGAAGGGAAUAAGAAUAAUCUUCCCAACAACAUUCGUUUUAGAGCAGCUCUUUUCGUGAACCUAAGGCCAUCUGCAGGCAUCCAAGAUUUUGAUGAUAUGACGAGAACGAAUAGUAAAGCAAGGUGGGGCAAUCAUAUUGGAUAUGUUUUGUUUCCCUUGAAAAUUGCUUUACGUGAUGAUCCAUUAGAUUAUGUUCGUGACGCUAAGGUUGCUGGGGACAGAAAGAAAGCUACUCUUGAAGCCAACUUCACUUAUUUAAUGGCUAAAUUAGCUCGGUUUUUCCCCAAAUAUUUUACUAACAAGAUAUCGUGCCUUCCCAGUCGAACCACUAUUUGGUUUUCAAAUGUGCCUGGUCCAGCAGAAGAAAUAUCUUACUUUGGCUUUCCUGUCAACUUCAUAGCAGUCAGUGUUUAUGGACAGCCUAAUGCAUUGAUGAUCCACGUAUUGAGUUAUGCAAACAAGAUGAAAAUCAUCUUAUCAGCCGAUGAAGACAUAAUUCCUGAUCCGCAUCGACUCUGUGAUGAUUUUCAAAAUUCUCUUGAACUCAUGAAGGAUGCUGUCAUAACUAGCAAAAAGGCAAAUCCACAGUUAUAUAAGCAGCGCUCGAAUAUGUGAUAAUGGUUCCCUUUUAUAGCUAAAUAAAUAUACAAGCAACAAGUUGUAUUAAGGGCAUGUGUUGUCUCUGCCUGUCCUGUGUGUUUUUUAUUAAAAAAAUAAAUUAAAAUAAAAUAUAGAUCCAAAAUAGUCUCCUGUUAA